GUUGAGACAACAUGUUCUGCCGGAGGAAUUUCAGUGUUUUCAUCUUGUUCAUGCUUCUUUCCAUCAUCCAGUCAGGUCAUGGUUCUGAGAUUAUUGGAGGGAAGGAAGUUAAGCCACACUCACUGCCCUUCAUGGCUUAUUUGACAAGUAAGAAAUCUAUGUGUGGGGGGACAUUAAUCCACCCACAAUGGGUCCUGACAGCUGCUCACUGCACUGGAAUGAGCAAGGCGAUCCUGGGAGCGCACUCCAUCGCCAAAGAGGAAAAAGAGUGGAGGCAGGUCCGAGAGGUUGAGAAACGUUUUGCUCAUCCUAACUAUUUCAAUCAUUUUGUGGGCAAUGACCUCAUGCUGCUCAAGCUUAAGGAACCAGUAAAUACAACCAAGUCAGUAAAAUGGCUCCAGUUGGGCAAAAUUGUCAAAGACCCUGCAGAUGGCACCACGUGUCUGGUUGCUGGAUGGGGAAUAACUGAAGAGAACCACACCUCGGAUGUUCUCAAGUCUGUCCGCGUGACUGUGAUUGGCAGACAUAAGUGUAACUCUUGUGAAUAUUACAACUACGCACCUUUAAUCACCAGUGACAUGGUAUGUGCUGGUUCAAAUGGCAAAAAAGCAGCGGAUACCUGUAAAGGGGAUUCCGGAGGCCCACUGCUGUGCGGCUUUCAGCUGGUUGGAGUUACUUCUUUUGGAGUCGGUUGUGGGGACAUUUACAAGCCUGGAGUCUACUCGUUUCUCUCAAAGAGGCAACUCAAGUGGAUCAAAGAAACUAUGAAGUCUUAAAAGUCAUCAGGCAUCAGUCCACAUAAACUAAGCUAGAUGACAAUGUUUUAUGCUUUUAUGAUGUUUAAUCGGCUGAGCUAUCACUUCAUACCUUUCACUUGACCAGCAUCAUUUUAUUAUCUCAUUGAUUAUGUUAUAUUUUAUGGAAUCUUUGUCACUGCUGGCUUGCUCUAAUCGUUACAGACUGUGCACAUAGCAGCCUGUGGUUAGUCCGUUUAUGCACACACAAAAGUAAAACAACAGUGAGACUGUCCAGUCUGUCCCCCAGACACAUUCACUAUGUCCAGUAAAUGAAUAUGAGGAUUUUGAACAGAUUUUUUCACAAAGAUAAAUUUUUAAAUAUGUUUUCUUGUUUAGUUUUGUUCAGUAUUUGUACUUGACACAUCCCCUCCCUGCCAAAAGACAAAACAAAAAACAAAAUUGAUACAAAACAAUAUUUUACUUUAC